CACCAAACCCUGGAGGAGACUCUCCCUGGAAAACUUCCCUUCGGUUUAUUUACUUGAAAAGGCUCCAGGCUUCGGCUUGGAAAAUUCAACCGCCAAAAUUGAGCCGAGCAGCUGGAGCGGCAGUGAGAGCCCUGCCGAAAACAUGGAAAGGAUGAGUGACUCUGCAGGUAAGCCCAUUGACAAUGAUGCAGAAGGGGUCUGGAGCCCCGACAUCGAGCAGAGCUUUCAGGAAGCCUUGGCUAUCUAUCCACCAUGUGGGAGGAGGAAAAUCAUCUUAUCAGAUGAAGGCAAGAUGUAUGAUAGGAAUGAAUUGAUAGCCAGAUACAUCAGACUCAGGACCGGGAAGACGAGGACCAGAAAACAGGUGUCUAGUCAUAUAUACGUCUUAGCAAGAAAGAAAGUUUGAGAAAUUCAAGCUGCCGUUAAGGUGUCUAGUCACAUUCAGGUUCUUGCGAGAAGGAAAUCUUGUGAUUUUCAUUCUAAGCUAAAGGAUCAGACUGCAAAGGAUAAGGCCCUGCAGCACGUGGCCGCCAUGUCGUCAGCCCAGAUCGAAUCAGCCACUGCCAUUCACAGCCAGCUGGGGCUGCCAGGGUUCCCACGGCCCACCUUCCCAGGGGCGCCGGGGUUCUGGCCGGGAAUGAUACAGACAGGACAGCCUGGAUCCUCACAAGACGUCAAGCCCUUCGUGCAGCAGGCCUACCCCAUCCAGCCAGCGGUCACAGCCCCCAUUCCAGGGUUUGAACCUGCGUCAGCCCCAGCUCCCUCGGUCCCGGCCUGGCAGGGCCGCUCCAUUGGCACAACCAAACUCCGCCUGGUGGAGUUCUCAGCUUUCCUCGAACGGCGGCGAGACCCAGACUGGUACAACAAACACCUCUUCGUGCACACUGGGCAUGCCAACCAUUAUUACAGUGACCCAUUGCUCGAAUCAGUGGACAUUCGUCAGAUUUAUGACGAAUUUCCUGAAAAGAAAGCUGGCUUAAAGGAAUUGUUUGGAAAAGGCCCUCAAAAUGCCUUCUUCCUCAUAAAAUUCUGGGCUGAUUUAAACUGCAGUAUUCAAGAUGAUGUCGGGGCUUUUUAUGGCGUGACCAGUCAGUAUGAGAGUUCUGAGAAUAUGACAGUCACCUGUUCCACCAAAGUUUGCUCCUUUGGGAAGCAAGCAGUAGAAAAAGUAGAGACGGAAUAUGCAAGGUUUGAGAAUGGCCGAUUGGUAUACUGAAUAAACCGGUCCCCGGCGUGUGAAUAUAUGAUCAAUUUCAUUCACAAGCUCAAACACUUACCAGAGAAAUAUAUGAUGAACAGUGUUUUGGAAAACUUCACAGUUUUAUUGGUGGUAACAAACAGGGAUACACAAGAAACUCUCCUGUGCAUGGCCUGUGUAUUUGAAGUUUCAAAUAGUGAACAUGGAGCACAGCAUCAUAUUUACAGGCUUGUAAAGGACUAACCAUGGUUAUUUAUAAAUAUAGAUAUCUGUAU